AAAAACGCCCCCGCCGUGACAGUGAUUUCUCACUGCCGUGACCAGGAUUCGAACCUGGGUUAUUGCGGCCACAACGCAAUGUCCUAACCACUAGACGAUCACGGCUAAGUGGAGGCUUGCAGAGUGGGGUCGUCACAUAAGUAUAUAUAGUAUGAAUAAAAAUUGUAUCGAAGUUACUAUUAUUAUAUUUUAUUAUUUAUUACCAUUUUGUUACGAAUAUUUUAUGUUUAAUGAAGACGAGUUUUAUUGCUUUAGAAUAAUAUUUCCGAACAAGCGAAUACUGCGCUUCUAGUGGCCAUUUGCACAACUUGAUUCCGCUCAGCUGUUCGGCUAGAGAUGAGCGGCUGCACGCGGGAUGCACUUGUGGACAUUUAAAUUUUUAACUUUUUCUAAACGAAUUCCAUAAUUCGAAUUAAGACUUUGGCACUAUUAAUUGGUUGCAAUGGAGAACAAGAACGAUAGUUCAGCCACUGACUUGUCGCAAUUCGACUGGUUACAACUGAAGAAGGACAUAGACAGCGAAAUGAAAAUGGAAAGUACAGAGCAGAAGUUUAUUCGCAAAUUUAAAGAAAAUCCGCUCGUUCCUAUUGGUUGUACAGUGACACUUGGUGCUCUGACAUAUGGACUUUGGAGUUUUAGGCAUGGGCGAAGUCAAAUGUCUCAAUAUAUGAUGCGUUUACGUAUAGUUGCUCAAGGUUUUACAAUUGUAGCAAUGUUGGUUGGUAUUGGACUAGCUGCAAAAAAAACUAUAUCAGAUUGUACAAGUUGGUCAACACCAAAUUGUAUUUUAUUCACCUAUGAUCAUGUUCACAUAUUUAUUCAAAUGAACACCUUAGGAUUUUCCUUUUGCCAGACUACUUUGAAGAUCAAAAUGUCAGCAGCAGCAACCCUACAGGAACGAGGCUUAGACAAUGUAGAUGCAGAGCAAAUUAAAUCUUUCAAAGAUUUUCUCAUGUCAUACAACAAACUCUCUGAACAUUGUUUUAUUGACUGUGCGUGGGACUUUACAACACGUGAAGUGAAGAGCCAAGAGGAAAAGUGUGCUUUGAACUGCAUGGAAAAGUAUUUGAAAAUGAACCAACGUGUAUCACAGCGGUUCCAAGAAUUUCAGAUAAUUGCCAAUGAAAAUGCCAUGGCAGCUGCACAGAAAAUGGGUGGACCAAGAUAAUUUUAAGAAAUGAAGUAGAGUAAAACCUGUAAUUUAUUGGAACUGUUUCAAAAUCAGUUAAUGUAAAGUUAUUGUAAUUGCAAUAAAGCCAUUGUUAUAUGUUUAUUUGAAAACUGCAAAAAACUGCUUUCAUAGAUCAAGCAUUCAGUAUCUCCAAUUCAUGUCAUGUAUCCUUAUCUUCUGUUGGGUAAGGUUUGGUUCCAAAUCUUAAAGUAUUUGGAAUAAACAGUGAGUGAGAUAUUCAGGCAUAUUUGAAAGCAUUGUGGACAAUUUAGGAUCAAAAGGAGUCGCAUGUCCCUAUUGCACUGAAGUAAGUUCUUUUAACCAAUGUUUGUCUCUCACUACUUUCAGCAUUUGAGAGGUCUGCUUUUAAAAAUGUUUCUAAAAAUUUAAUGCUUAGUAUUAUUGUAUUAAGUAGAUCUUCAUAUUUGCACUUUUUUGUGAUUCAUUCUACCUCAACUUCGAGUUUACUCUGAUUGUAUUCUGAGCACAAUUAGGUGACACCUUUACUUGGAAUAAAAUUGAUGUUUUUAAGUUAAAAAUAUUCACUUACACUUACAUCAUGUUACAACACAGACAUGUUAGGUAUCAUGGAAUAGGCAAGACAAAUAAUUACUGUACUGUUAGCUGGGGUAACUUCUUGAGGUCUUUUUCCAAAUAACUCCAAAAUAGGUUGUGUGGAGUAUGCUUAUUAUUAUAGUUUGAAGGAUUUAUCUUUUCUGGAUAAAUUAUGAGGAAUAAUUUAUUGUUUCAGUUCAACUAUUAGAUGAAAUUUUUCUUGAAAGUUGUCACAAUGUUUCUCCAUCAAUGGUAACUUUGUGAAAAUUGAUUUUUUUUUGUAAUUUUUAUGUAUAUUUAAAUCAAAUAUACAAUAUUACCGCUAAUCAUGUUUGUUUAUUUCUAUUG